GGAAGCAAGAGCAAAAGAAGAAUUAGCAAUGAAACAGAAAAACAAAGAAGCUGAAUCCCUGUUCUACUCAUUAUCAACUCAAGCAUCUCACAAUAAUAGAAACAGUUAAUUAGGUGUGAAAUAUGUGGGCACAACCAAAGCCAGUGCAUGUGAAUGAAGCUUGGAAUGAUGUGUGGACCUGAAGAACAAAUUGACCACAUUUUUAUUAUUUUUCAUUUCCAUUGUUUUCAUUUCCAUAUAUUAAUUCUAAUAACUUAUAACUUCUUCACUUUCUUCACACCUCUCAUCCAUCAUCAUCAUCUGCUUCACCACCAGUUAAUUCUCUAAUGGAUGUUCAGCCUCUCUUCGCCGUCUCUCCUCCGGCGCCACCACCUUUGCACCACCACAUGUUCCAUGAAUACAACAACAACAACAACCACCAUGAAAACCAAAAAGAAACUCUAGCAUUCAAGUCUGUUCUCCUUAUAAUUGCACCCAUAGUAGUCAUCUUCUUGAUUGUCAUUGCACUUCUUCUUCUUCUUCUUCUCCGGAGAGCCAGCUCGGCAAAGAACAACACUGUCCAUGAACCAAGCUGCAGCUGCAAUGUAAGCACUAGAAACAGCAGUUUGAACAAAGCUCAGUUCUCUAAGUUUAUUUUCACUACUGAAGCCAGUAACACACUUGGUUAUAGUCCUGAGAUUGGUAGGUGUAUUUAUAGUGGGAGAUUGGGAUUCUCUCCUCAAGUGAUGAUGAGGUGCAAGAGAGGGCAGGUGUUCACUUACAAAGAGCUUGAGUUGGCUACUGAUGGAUUCAUUGAAGCCAAUGUGCUUGGUAGAGGAGGAUUUGGAGUUGUCUUUAGAGGGAUUCUUAGUGAUGGCACUGUUGCAGCCAUUAAAGUCUUGCACAGAGAAGGAAGACAUGGAGAAAGAGAGUUCAGAUCAGAGGUGGACUUACUAAGUCGAUUGAAUAGUACUUAUUUGGUCGGGUUGCUUGGCUAUUGCGCCGAUCAACACCACCGAAUGCUCGUGUUUGAGUUCAUGCCUAACGGGAGUCUUCAGCAUCACCUCCAUCCCAACUCCGGGCACCGGAAUCCUGCAUUGAAUUGGUCUAUAAGGCUAAGAAUUGCGCUCGAUUGCGCCCGAGGCCUUGAAUUUCUUCAUGAACAUUCUGUUCCCUCUGUAAUUCAUAGAGAUUUCAAGAGCAGCAAUAUAUUGUUAGACCAUAAUUAUCGAGCGAAAGUCUCUGACUUCGGUAUGGCGAGAACCGGUUCGGAUAGAAUCAAUGGACAGGUCUUAACCAGAGUUUUGGGAACCACUGGAUAUCUUGCUCCAGAGUAUGCUUCAACAGGAAAGCUUACCACAAAGUCAGAUGUUUAUAGUUAUGGAGUUGUUCUUCUUGAGCUUCUUACUGGCAGGAGACCUAUUGAUCUCAAAAGGCCACCUGAAGAAGACAUUCUUGUUUCUUGGGCUUUGCCAAGGCUGACAAACAGAGUAAAACUGAAGGAAAUGGUAGAUCCAGCUCUACAAGGCCAGUACUCCCAGAAAGAUCUAAUUCAGGUUGCUGCAAUUGCUGCAGUUUGUGUGCAAUCAGAAGCUGAAUACAGGCCUCUAAUGACUGAUGUGGUGCAAUCUCUCAUUCCUUUGGUUAAGAACCAGAGUUGUUCUUCAGUUCCUACCACUCCCUCCAAACUUCAACCAUUGCAUGUACCUUGUUCAUAGUUCAUUGGAUGAUGUUAAGAGAGAACAAAGUACAAAAAGACAUGGAAAUCAAAGGCUAUACCAAAAUUGAAUCCAAUAAGCAACAGCAGCAGCAGUAAAAUCCUUAUCAAGAAUUUGCAGUACUUUUAUCUCCUAAAUUUCUUCUCCUGAAUAAAGAGUAUUCUUGAGCUAAUGUACAUUCACUAGAAUGACUGCAUUUUUGUAAAUUGUUAUCAAACUGCCUCCAUUCAUAUCUGCUAGUACUUUUCUUCUUUUA